AUGAUGGCGGCGGUGACGGCGGCGCAGAGAUCUGUUCCGGCGCCGUUUUUGAGCAAGACGUAUCAGCUAGUUGAUGAUCGGAGCACAGACGACGUCGUUUCAUGGAACGAAGAUGGAACAGCUUUCGUCGUUUGGAAAACAGCUGAGUUCGCAAAAGACCUUCUUCCUCAAUACUUCAAGCAUAAUAAUUUCUCAAGCUUCAUUCGUCAGCUCAACACUUACGGAUUUCGGAAAACUGUACCGGACAAAUGGGAAUUCGCAAACGACAAUUUCCGGAGAGGACAAGAGGACCUUCUGUCGGAAAUACGGCGGCGUAAGUCGGUGAUCGCGGCGGCGGGAAAAUGUGUUGCUGUCGGUUCGCCGUCUGAGUCAAAUUCGGCGGGUGAUGAUCACGGGUCAAGCUCCACGUCAUCACCCGGGUCGAAGAACCCUAGUUCGGUGGAGAACAUGGUUGCGGAUUUAUCCGGCGAGAAUGAGAAGCUGAAAAGAGAGAACAACAGUUUGAGCUCGGAGCUCGCGGCGGCGAAGAGGCAGCGAGAUGAGCUGGUGGCUUUCUUGACGGAGCAAAUGAAGGUAGGACCGGAACAGAUCGAUCAGAUGAUCAAAGUAGGGAAAUUCAAACCGAAUGUAACCCGAGGUUCUUCGACGGACGAGGAAAGUGGCUGCGAAGGCUGCGGCGGAGAGGAGGAGGAGGAGGAGGGGGUAGGUGAAGGAUUGAAAUUGUUUGGGGUGUGGUUGAAAGGAGAGAGAAAGAAGAGGGGUCGGGAUGAGAAGAAUUUCGUGGUGGGUGGGUCCCAUAUGACGGAAAUAAAGAACGUGGACUUUCACGCGCCGUUGUGGAAGAGCAGCAAAGUCUGCAACUAA